AUGAGAGCGGUUGUACAAAGAGUAUCGUCGGCUGCCGUGACUGUGGAUAACGUUGUUAUUUCCCAGAUAUCCAAGGGCCUGAUGGUUCUUGUAGGAAUUGGGACAGAUGACAAUAAUACCGACAUUGAGACCCUGACGAAGAAAAUAGUCUCUCUUCGCGUCUUCGAUGAUGACGCAUCAGGCGCCAUGUGGAAGAAGAGCGUCAAAGACAUUGACGGGGAGAUCCUCUGCGUGUCACAAUUCACACUGCUUGCCAACACGACCAAGGGUAACAAACCCGACUUCCAUCGCGCGAUGAGCACCGAAGCAUCACGCCAGAUGUACGCCACUUUCUUGGAGCGCAUCGGUCACAUUUACAAGCCAGACAAGAUCAAAGACGGAAAAUUCGGGGCGAUGAUGAGCGUGAGCCUUACAAACGAGGGUCCCGUAACCUUUACGCUCGACUCCCGUAAGUUCGAAUACGUUGACCAGCCAGCAACCGGCGGAUCCAGCAAGAAUGAUGUUGCUACGGAUAAAACUGCGGGGAAUGGAGCCCCACAGGUCUCGGGAUCUGAGGCGACGCCCGUGUCAAAAUAGCGGCAGCGUGGUCAGCCAUGGCAUAAUAAGUCCCGACGUCGCAGUCGUUCAAGAUCUUCCAAGGCCAUUGCCCGAACAUUUAAGCUAUGUGUAUCCGAUUUGUCGGUAAAUUUAGAGAUUCAGAAGGAAUGAUAUCUCCGGAGAUAUGGAGUCUGAAUUUAGAGGUGCAGUGGUUUCCUCAUUGUCGGAUGUAGAUAGCGUGUAAAUUAAGAAGUCCAAGGAUUGCCUCGGCAUGUAAGUUUGGG